UUUGCCAAUAAUGUGGAUCCUUCUUCUUCGGCUUUUAUGAACAAUCAGCGAAUGAUGGGGAUGAGAGGAGGUCCGAUGCCUCCUGGUUCCUUGAUGGAACCAAUGCCCUCCACCGGUCCUUACCCACCCUAUUCUCAGGGAAUGCAGCCGUUCGCCCCCCAGCAGCAAUACGUAGGCCAGUUCACCAUGAAUUAA